AAGGCAAAGCACAGGCGCCGCGGACAUUCUCUCUUUCUCUCCCUCUACAGACUUACUCAUUCACUCAUUCACUUCUUCCUUUUCUCAUUUUAAACCUUAACAUCCUUUAAUAAUUACCAUAUUGUUGAAAUCACUGCCACUGACCCUUGACGAACCAAUUUCUCGGCGGAAUCUGACGGCAUGGACGACGGAAUGACGUCAUGCCGGUCAAUUCUUGACAAACCCUACAGUCAACUCACUGAGGAAGACAUUUCACAGGUCACCCGGGAAGAUUGCCGCAAAUUUCUCAAAGAAAAAGGAAUGCGCAGACCUUCUUGGAACAAAUCUCAGGCUAUUCAGCAAGUGAUUUCCCUAAAAGCUUUGCUCGAAAAUGGGGAAGAUUCCGGCGUCGGUUCCGGCUCUGUAAGGAAAGUUUUAGUCUCGCAGCCUGAAAAUGCACGGCGCGCGACUUCGAAUUCAGGUGAUUCGGUGAAGGAACAGAGCACUCCGGUAUUGGGAGACGAAAAUGGUGCGUACAGGAGGAAGGAUCCACCCAAAUGCGCCGCCAACACUGAUAACGAGUCACCUCCUUCUAGAAAUCCCGGUGAAGCAAAUGGGUUGGUUGGACAAAUGAUAAUUUUCUAUUGUGGCAAGGUGAAUGUGUAUGAUGGAGUGCCUGAUGAAAAGGCACGGGCAAUUAUGCACCUGGCAGCAACUCCAAUUGAUAUUCCUCAAGAUGGUCCAUUUAGUGGAGUUGCAGCAUUUAGAUCUGUUCCAUGCCAUUUACAGGCAGCUAGUGAACGACAUGGAAUUGUUCCUCCUGCCAUGAUCUCGCAUGCCAUCCAAGCAGAGAAGGUGGCAGAAUGUCCUCAGGAAUAUAGGGAGAAAGGGAAUGUUACUCGUGACUUGGAUGUAGAUGGUCAGAUGAACCGAAAAGUUUUAUUGCAGAGGUAUCGCGAAAAGCGGAAAGACAGGGGAAGAAUUUUCAAAGGCAAGAAAAAUGCUGGACCAACUCCUCCCAACAUAGAGAUGUAUUUGAAGCAUCCAGUGGGGACACAUGCCUCAAAUGGACACUCAAGCCAUGGCGACACGAGUUCUCCACCUCAGCCAGGAUUGCCAAAUACUUUGUCUAGUUCAGCUGACAAUCAGGCUAGAGUUGCCACUCUUAAUGUUGAUCUUAACAAUGAAGAUGUUCAAGAAUGUGCAAUUGAAGAUGCUUCAUAGGUCAGGUGGCUCUGGGAAUGAAGUAAAUAGCCGUUCUACUACAUAAGUAGCAAAAAGCUAGAUAAUUAUAUUAAAAUCAUUCAACAUGAAUUCCUGUUUGCUCGAUUUAGGCUGGUAUGGUAGUAGUAUGAAUGAGUUUUUUCUUGUUUCUGGAGAUUUGUGAGGGAAUCAUGAUUUUCAAAUGGCAAGAGGUUGUAGCUCCAUCCUCGGGAAUUUAUUGUUUCUGAUGUUAAUUUAAGGUCUCUCUCAUCUUAUCUCGAGAAAUGAUUUCUAUAGAUAAUUAUGUAUGUAAAAAUUGGCCGUUCUAUACAGAUUUUUCUCAACUUC